AUUGGCAGCAUGUUUACAGGGAAGGUAAGUUUCUCUUUCUCUAGUUCAACUUCCUAAAUAUAUGUUUAGUCUGUUUUCUCUGGAUUGUAAAUCUGGUGGUCACCAACUACCAACUACGAAUUUACAAUUACAUAUAUAUUUUUUCAUAAUUUAUUGACACCUAAUUUAGAAUUUUGGUUGCAAGUUGCAACCACUAGUUCUUGGACUGGACCGCUUACAAGGGGAUCAUGGAUGACGCCACUCCUCCUUUCAGCCCAAUAGCCAUAAUUUGAAACCACGCGCUCACCUACAUCAACCAUCAUCUUUGGGCUUCGUCUGUAUUGGGGCUACCUAUUUUGGGCUGUCCCAUAACCUGUCCCACUUAACUCAGUAUUACUAGUUGAGCCUCUUUGUUGGAGUUAGUCCCCACUAAGAAACGCAGAGACACCGAGGAAGAGAGAAAGAUGAGUGGUUGUGUUCUUUCCGCCGAGCAAAAGCCCGGCAUUGGGCAACCAGAAGACAGCCCAGAGCAGGUACUGACCGCCUCCACGUGGCUAAGAAAAAAAGGAACCGGGAUUCGGGCCUGGAUGGUGGUGGAUACAUUGGGCAAGACGCACGUGGUGGAAGCCGGGAAGCAUGCCAUCAUGCGCCGCACGGGUCUCCCCGCCCGAGACCUUCGGAUCCUCGACCCAAUUCUCUCCUACCCAUCAACCAUUCUAGGCCGUGAGAGGGCGAUCGUGAUCAAUCUGGAGCAUAUAAAAGCGAUAAUUACGGCUCAUGAGGUUCUUUUGCUGAAUUUGCGUGACCCAUCUGUGACUCCCUUUAUUGAGGAGCUCCAGAGCUGUCUUCUGAGUCACCACCACGCAUCUAAACAUCAGGAGGGCAAUGGUGAUGGUUCAAACGGGAAGAAUUUGUAUGAACUAGAUAUACCACAGUCAAGGGUGUCUGAGAAUCGAGAUGAGUCGAGGAAGGUGGAGGGGAAGUGUGACAUUGAGAAUCAAGAUGGAUCAGAAGUUCUUCCGUUUGAGUUUGUUGCAUUGGAGGCAUGCCUCGAGGCUGCUUGCAGUUGCUUAGAAACCGAAGCAAGGACGUUGGAUCAGGAGGCUAAUUCUGCGUUAGAUAAGCUGACUUCAACGAUUAGUACUCUCAAUUUGGACCGUGUUCGCCAUAUUAAAAGCCGCUUGGUUGCUUUAACCGGACGUGUUCAAAAGGUAAGGGAUGAAUUAGAAAACUUGCUAGAUGAUGAAGAAGAUAUGGCUGAAAUGUAUUUGACAGAAAAGUUGGUUCUUCAAAACCUAGAAGAUUAUUCUGAUUCCUCCAUGAAUGAGAUAGAUGAAACGGUUGAUGAAGUCUCUCAAUCAGAUAUGCAUGAUUGGAUGAUGCCUCCCAAAAUAUCUUUGCAAACUGGUGGGUGUUCCAAUGCUUACAAAGGUGGAUAUAACCCUGACAACCCUGGUGGGAACCGCACUGCCACUAUUCACAGUGGUGGGAACAAGAACCUUGAUGUAAAGGAGCUUGAAAUGGUCUUGGAGUCAUAUUUUGUGCAAAUUGACGGUACACUAAACAAAUUAACCACGCUGAGGGAGUAUGUAGACGACACAGAGGACUACAUCAACAUAAUGCUGGACGACAAACAGAACCUUCUCCUGCAAAUGGGGGUCAUGUUAUCAACUGCAACUCUUGUCCUGAGUUCCUUUGUUGUUGUGGCUGGCAUUAUGGGAAUGAACAUCAGAAUAGAGUUGUUCAAGGAUCAGGUAUUAGGGCCAAAAAAGUUCAUGUGGACUAUUGGGGGAAGCACUGCUGGAAGCAUAUUCUUAUACGUCUUUGCUAUUGCCUUGUACAAACGCAAGAGAUUGCUAGAAAGGUGAAGGGAGAUAGGCCAUCAAUUUCAUGCAUCUUUGUGCUGGUCCUGCUUGACAAUACUACAUAGAGAACCAAAAGAUCUGUUUCUGCAUAUCUACCCCCUUACUGUAUUUUUGUGGUCACUGGUCUUUUAGCAUGAAUACCAGCAUCGAGCUGUUCGCAGUGGAGAGAUCAGGGAUGCUACGGUUCCUGUGGACUGUAGAGGGUUUUGACUGCUAGUUUGUUGUGUAACUGAUUUGCCUUCAUUUUGCACAGACAGAACCAUAACUUUCUACACAUCUUACAAUUUCUAUCAUAGACUGCUCGAAAAAAACAUGUUGCAACAUGCGAUUCAAACAUAAGAGCUUUUAUAGUAAAUAACGUCCGUGCUAUAGUUUGUAGGCUUCCAUACACUGAAAACCAAUAUAUCUGGGCUGUUUUCUA